AUGACCCAGUGCCUAGGACACACCAUUAAGGAACCCUCAAAGGAUUGUCUCACUUUAUCUCCAGGGUGUAAAAUGGAAGAUGAGGACAUCACAAGAGAUUGUGCAGGAGAAAAGACAAUGAGCUCAGCUAUGGAUGGAGGACAUCACAGUGUGGAUAGACAAUUGGAUCCCUUUGAUGUUGAGCAACCUCAUACUGUGAGGGAUGGUGGUGGAAUUCAGGGGGAGGAGGAAUUUUCCUGUCCUGAUUGUCGGGAGAGUUUUAGUUCUAAAUCAAGUCUUACUGUACAUCAGAGAUCUCACACGGGGGAGAAGCUUCAUUCCUGUUCUGAGUGCAGAAAAUGUUUCCUAUAUAAAUCAGAACUUAUCAGACAUUACAGGUGUCACACGGGGGAGAAGCCAAAUUCCUGCCCCGAAUGUGGGAAAUGUUUUACAAAGAAAUCAAAUCUUGUUAGACAUCAGAGAUCUCACACGGGAGAGAAGCAGUGUUCCUGUCCUGAGUGCGGGAAAUGUUUUUUACACAGUUCAGACCUUGUUAGACAUCAGAGAUCUCAUACGGGGGAAAAGCCGUAUUCCUGUCCUGAAUGCGGAAAUGUUUUUUCACAAAAAUCGACUCUUGUUAUACAUCAGAGAUCUCACACAGGAGAGAAGCCAUAUUCUUGCCCCACAUGCGGAAAAGGUUUUUCAAUGAAAUCAUGCCUUGUUAUACAUCAUAGAUUGCACACAGGGGAGAAGCCGUAUUCUUGCCCUGAGUGCGGGAAAUGUUUUCUACACAGAUCGGACCUUAUUAAACAUCAAAGAUCUCACACAGGCGAAAAGCCGUAUUCCUGUCCUAAAUGUACAAAAUGUUUUUCACAAAAAUCGGACCUUGUUAAACAUCAGAGAUCUCACACAGGUGAGAAGCCAUAUUCUUGCCCCACAUGUGGAAAAUGCUUUUCACUGAAAUCAGGCCUUGUUCGACAUCAAAGAUUGCACACGGGGGAGAUGCCUUAUUCGUGCUCUGAGUGCGGGAAGUGUUUUUCAUGGAAAUCAAAACUUACUUUGCAUCAGAGAUCUCACACCGGGGAGAAGCCGUAUUCCUGCCUCGAGUGCGGGAAAUGUUUUUUACAAAAAUCAGACCUUGUUAAACAUAAGAGAUCUCACACAGGGGAGAAGCCGUAUUCCUGCCCCACAUGCGGAAAAUGUUUUUCAGUGAAAUCAGACCUUGUUAGACAUCAGAGAUUGCACACGGGGGAGAGGCCAUAUUCCUGCCUCGAGUGCGGGAAAUGUUUUGCACAGAAAUCUAAUCUUGUUAUACAUCAGAGAUCUCACAAAUGUAGGGAUGAGCCAAACAUUUCUGGUUUCAGUUCACAGGAGGUUUCUUGAAUUUCUCAUAUUUUCUAAAUGUUAAUCCAAACACUAAGUCAAUGGGAAGGGAAUCUUUAAAAUCAGUUCAGGCAAUUUUUAAGGCAAAUAGGCAAGGCAUUGUCAAACAAGGGGAAAUAGAGAGCUGGGCACUGCCCUGGAGGAUACCAAGAUGUAUACCAGGAAGCUACUAACCAGUCAGCCUAACAUCAAUGGUAUGUAAGGUAUUUAAGGGAAUGGUAAGGGGCUCUAUACAGAAAUUUGUAUGUGAUAAAGGUAUCAUAAGUGACAACCAGCAUGGACUUGUGAAAGACGGUUCUUAUCAGACCAACUUGUUAUCAUUCUAUGAGGAAGUAAGUAAGAAAUUGGAUGUUGGAAGUCCAGUGGAUGGAGUUUAGAUUUUGUACCUCAUUAACUUUUAAUCUAUAACACAAGGUCUGUUGGAGUUGAUGAAAUUGUAUAUACAUGGAUAGGAAACUGGUUACAUGAACGGGUCCGAGUAGUGAUAACUGACUCAUCUGUGUGGGGGGACCCAGGGUCCUGUCUUGGGGCCAAUGUUGUUCAGUUUAUUUUUUAAUGAUACAGAGGUCAGCAUGCAUAAAAGGUUCAGUUUAGGCAUUUGCAGAUAAAACCUGGAGGAGCAGGGCUAUAAUCAAUUGCAUGGAUUACAGUUGUUCACUCUGGAGAAGAGGCACCUAAGAGGGGAUAUGAUUACAAUGUACAAGUAUAUCAAUGGUAACUGUAAUAAAGUAACUGUAAUACUCCUAAGGUACCUAUACAGGACAUGCGACCAUUAUGUAAGGGUACAAGAAAGAAGUUUUAACCUUAGAUUGUGGAAAGGGUUCAUUACUGGGAAGUGGCAAGUUCAUCUACCUGGAGCAGUAUAUAGGAGAAAGAUAGAAUGUGUCUAACUGGCCUGAUAGCAAGCAUUCCCUUUAAAAGAGAGUCAUGCCCCGUACACACAACCGGGUUUCCCGACGGGAAAACUGCAAGGAGAGCUUUUGGCCGGG